GCAGUUCACGUUCAAAGUGAGUCUCAAAAUGCAUCGCAAACGCUAUUUUCCGGCAGAUUUGAACGCAUUUCCACUGCACUAUGCAGCCCUGCGUGGAGAUACCGCCCGGAUUCGAGAGUUGCUAUCAGCUGGACACAAUCCCCAUGAACCCAUUCAGGACGGUGAGACACCGCUGCACGUUGCCAUCGCGGGAGAUCAGGUGGAUGCAGCGCAACUUCUCGUAGAGGAGUUCCAUAAUGAUUUCCAACUUGUCCAGGAGCAUUUGACAAUCAAGAAUAGUGAAUGUGAACCGGAUGACGCAUUUUGGUCCAGUCAAAGCAUUCUGAUAGCUUCUGGUGAAGAUCAAUGUCAAAGAGUGAAGCAAUUGGAAGCCAGUUGUAUUCCAAUUGGAAAUCUUAAAGAUUCUAUCCUAGUCUUAUUGAAAGGUUCAAUUGGAGGUGAAGUGGUAGCAGUACUAGAUCCAAGAAGUAUAGAUUACCAGGAAGUUAUCAAACUAAUCACAAGCUUGCUUUCAAAUGGCAUCCUUUCCUGGAAUAGCACUGGGCACGCAGGAAACUGCGAAUCAUUAUUGCAUCUGGCUGCCUAUUAUGGAAAUGCUGCCCUUCUCAAGCGAUUAGUUGAACUUGGAGCAGAUCUUACCCUGGCCGGUCUAGGGAAGAGAACGCCGUUUCAUGCGGCUUGUGAAACUUCACAGACGCAAGUGAUUGAAUUACUUUUGACAAAAUAUCUGGAUCGAUUUGAUCCUACGGCUCUGGACGAGAACGCACAACAUGGACUACACUACAUAUUGAAUCGCAAGAACAGAGAUAGCUUCGAGCUCGUUGUGCAGAAAAUGGUAGAAUUCAGAGUGCGGCAUUUCUCGGAUACACCAUCCGCUGCGUUUAAUUUCAUAUUUCGGCUGGAGAAUGACGAGUGGCCUUUCACUGGCAUCUGGAACCAGCUUGAUGCUGCAUUUUGGGAUAGGACGAUCGAAAAAGUGCUGGAGCGUUACCAGUAUGAUCUGACGUAUCAAUGGAAGGAAGUAGCUGCUCUAAUGGACAUGGUAACAUACAAAAAGGUGAAAAGCUUCUACAGUAAAGAGAUUUGUAAGAAUCCAGAACUUUUGAAUAUAAGUUCUUCGAGCGGAUUCACAGUGUUGCAUGCUUUGGUAUGUGCUAAUGAACUGCAGCUGGUUGAUGAUCUCUACAAAAGACAUGCACAACUGAAAAAGCUGUUUGAACGCAAAGUAGCUAUUUCAACUUUAGGGUCAAUCAUGCAGCAGGGAUACAUCAAAAUGUUGGAGUUUGUGUUGCUCAAUCACGGGGAAUUUUAUUUAGAAAAUUUACAGACUAUAAUUGAAGAAGUCAUCCAGAUAUAUGUCGCACCCAAUUACGAGAAAGCAUUCGAAGUGUUGAUGCGCAACUUACCAGAACUGAAAGCUUCCAUUUCAAAGAAAACAUCAAAAAUGUCCAAAUUAUCCUUCGUUACGAGUCAAGACUUCAACGAAACAUACGAUAUACUUCUGAGGGACUUCAGCUCAAUUCACCAACGUGUUACUAGAUCUGGUGAAAGUCUCGUCUGCUACAUCACUGCCAACGAUCAACCAUUUCUGAAUCAGGCCAUCUAUGAGAACCGGUUGGAUCUUGUCCAACAACUCCUGGAUUUAAAUAUCAACAUAGAUCAUCUGGACUGCUACGACCGCCAUGCGAUUCAUCACGUUCAAAGCACAGACAUGCUUCUCCUGAUCAUUGAUCGACAUCCAGACGGAUCAGAUCUAGUCAAUCGGAAAGAUGGGAACGGCUUCACCCUGCUUCAUAUUCUCUGCUCAUCUGCCAUUGAUCACAAACAAGAACUGAUCCUGGAAUUGCUGAAACUAGGAGCCAAAUUGGAUGAGACGACUAAUGAUCAUGCAACCGUCUUAUUCUACACCUAUGAUGAACAAUUGUUCAAGUUCUUAACUGAUGGUAUCGAAUCGAAAGGAUUCACCCCGGUUGAUCCAAACCAUCGAGACAUUGAUGGCAACACGGCUCUCCAUCGGCAUCUACGCCAGUUGAAUAGUCACAUCAGUUCAGUUAUGCUUCAAUGCAGCGGAAGUUUUAUUAGUUUCAACAAUAAAGGUGACUCCUACUUGAGUUAUUUACUGCGUUUUGAACGAAGAAUCUUUGAUUCUGUGUUCAAGCCAGUUUUAGAUGCGAAUCCAGAUAAAACUAGCGAAAUGUUCGAAGUCGAAUUCAAGCGGUCGAGAGAUCGUACAUCCCAGUUAUUCGUAGAAGCUUGCGUUCAGAUGAACGUGUACUGCAUUGAGCGUUUUCUACAGAUGGAUUUGGACUUCAAUGCUCAAGACGGCGACGGUACGACAGCUCUUUUGAAAUUAUUAAGUAGUGACGAGCUUCCAAGUCCUGAUCUUGUGUUCAACUUGUUGGAGAAGAAGGUGGAUGUCAAUUUAACGAAUUCGAACAGGCAGAAUGCCCUUAUGGUCUUGCUUAACAAGUUCUGUAAAGCGAAAGAAAUUGGAUAUGAUACCCGCAUUGUGAAGAACCUGAUUGAUCAUGGCCUGAAACUUGAUCAUGUUGAUUGCGAAGGGGAGACAGCCUUGCACUAUUGCUUCAGGAAUGGAGAAUUCGAGCUGAUAAGUUUGCUGAUUGAAAACGGAGCAGUUUGCUGUAAGCUAAACCAAAAAGGAAAGAAGCCUUAUGAAGUAGCACCUUUAUAUAUCUCACAAAUUUUCAUGAUUUUACAAUGAUCAAUAAAUGUUUCAAUUAAACUAAAUGCCGAGCAUUCUGUACGUCAAACCUCGAUCGUAUUCUUCGUUAUAUUCUUCAUCGGAAUCCAUACCUCCCAUGAUCACAUUAUAAUGUAAUUCAGCUGCUCUUGGUUCCAGUUCUGGGAAAUGCAGCAGCAUGAUAUCAAAAGGCUCGCCAAAAAUGCUGCCCGGUAGGAUAU